AUUUCGCUGAGCGCUUUGCACGAUGGCAUAGCAAUAAAGAACGAAACUAGCAAGACUGGAUCUUUUGACCAUAAUGAUGAACAUCAACUUCACAAGCAGCAGGCGGCAAAGGAAUGGAAAGGACAAUUGGACGGCGUGCACGAUCUAGUCGAACGCUGCAUGGAGCGCUGCGAAAAUAUGCCAGACAGAGAGUCAACCCGUGUUAAGAUUGCCAUGCUUGACACAGGCCUCCAAUUACCCGAAAGUCUCCAAGAAAAUUAUGAAGCUGAAGGACGGGUAAACGUGGGAGCAUCGGAAAGCUUUCUUCCUAGCACGAAAGAUGAUGCUGAUUGCAGCUGGAGAGUUGAUCGCAACGGCCAUGGCUCACGCGUGGGCCAAAUCAUUCUGGAAGUUGCCCCAGAAGCUGACCUGCACGUUGCGAGAGUGUUCAAGAGCGGAGACAAUCUGGCAAAUCCUAAUAUGGCUGCUGAAAUCUACAAAAGCAUCGCCGAGGCUAUUGGCCGAGCAACCAAUGAAUGGAAGGUUGACAUAAUCGUCAUGUGCUUCGGCUUCGACAAACCAAUACCUCUAAUCCAAGACGCAAUGAAAAAGGCCUCCAAAGUCGAAAAGCCACCGCUGUUUUUUGCAGCCACCCGCAACGAUGGCGCUCACAAGCUCAUGGCGUGGCCCGCACGGAAUCCCUCAGUGAUUGGCAUCAGCUCGACGAUGGGUGAUGGGUGUAGGUCUACAUUCAAUCCCUCGGAAAACGAUUUCCAAAUCUGCUAGGAUGCGCUCGCAUGGCGGUAAAGGCCUCUUCGCGUGAAGACCAGCUCGUAUACAAGGACUUGCCCUCGCGAUUGCAAGAAAUGGGCGGCAUGUUGGCUGUUCUGAAGCAUCGUAUGUGCGCAAAGGAUCUUGAUAACAAAGAGAGCUUGCUCCCUUGGAGUUUCCUGACGCUUUCACGGCUGGAGAAUAAUAGGCUCUUGGAAGAUAUAUCUGAGACUUUACAACACUAUUAGCAUAGUACAAUUCUUCUUAUACAGCAGUAUUUUAAUAAGACUAAGUGAUGUGGCCUCGCAGAUUGCCUGGCCAAAGUAGCAG